CGGGAAACGUGACAGAGUCGAUAAUUAUCUUUUCCUGUCAAAGAGGGCGCCCUCUCAGGAAAAGUCGUAUCAUUGAGUGAGAGAAAACUGUAUGUAUAUUUUAAUUACGGUGAGACUGGCGGCGUUGGUGUUGAAAUCGGUCAACAUCUGAGCCAGCUUUGUUGCUCUUCCACGAACAUCUGCAGGAAUAACCAGUGGAUAUCAAAUAUACAUCCACACUAAGUUUCUUGCUAGCAACCACCUUCCCAGAGCGAGAUUUUUCAUGGCUUAAGCAUUAUCUUUAUUAUUACCUGUUUUUCUCGUUUCAGACCGCCUUCGCUACAUCGGGCGAUUUCACUCAGGUCAUUUUUGGGGACAUCAGCAAACUGCUGAAGGCAGAGACAUUUCCAAUGACACCCCUCGCGAGACUUUCUCGUCCUCUGUCCCAUGUAUCGUCCCGUGGAGUAUCAUCGUUACUGUGUAAGCAGCAGCGAUUCCUCACGAGGUCUAGUCCGGGUACUGUCUCGUUCGGGUCCAAGUCUAUUUAUCCAGUUGACUCGAGUCGAUUUAUUUCCAAUGCACAUAACACAUGGAGGUUGGUUCACAAGUGUGAUAUCAAUAAUAAUCUAAAAAGUAACACGUUGCAAUUGAAGACUGUGAUUUUUGGUCAGAAGCGAUGGAGCGGAACGAAUAAUUCGCCAGAAAAGGAGAAGUCAUCUGAAAGGACGGAACUCGAAUCCAAAGCAAAACCUCGACUACUACCCAAGCUUCCAGUGGGCGUCCAUGAGAACAUCUAUACCGUUCCAAACCUAUUAACAUUCUCGCGACUAAUCGCAGCACCGGUUGUCGGAUAUCUACUUGUUCACAACCACCAUGCCGCAGCAUUAUCUCUAUUCGCAUAUGCUGGCAUCACCGAUCUGAUCGAUGGGUACAUCGCCCGUCGAUACAACCUGCAGACAGUAGUCGGAACGAUCAUCGACCCGGCUGCUGACAAGCUCUUGAUGACAAUCAGCGUGGUCUGUCUCGCAUUGAACGGAUCAAUGCCAAUGUGGCUCGCCGCAUUGAUUCUUGGCCGUGAUGUCGGUCUCAGUCUGUCGGCGAUUUACUACCGUUGGGUUUCGCUUCCGCCACCAAAGACUAUGGCUCGGUACUGGGAUUUCUCGCUGCCAUCCGCCGAGGUCAGGCCGACGGGGAUUUCAAAACUCAACACAGCCCUGCAGUUACUGCUUGUCGGGACCUCGAUGGCGCUGCCAGUAGUUCCGGCGUGGUUGGCUGGGACUUGGGGGUUGCAUGAUGGGAUGGUCGGAUUGCAAUAUCUGGUCGCUUUCACCACCAUCGCGUCGAGUAUCAGCUACAUGAUGGGUCAUGGAGUCAAAGUGCUCACGAAAGCGGAUCUAGAGAAGCUGAAGACACGGCAGCCUCGUCAGCCUUGAUACAAACGUCAAUUGAUGUAUAUCAAUUGAUAAAUGUUUAAUUAAAUUCAUAACAGUCGAGCAUAGCCUUGCCUUUGGUGGAUAUAAGCGGAUUUCUUUUUUUCCUGUAUCAUUUGUUUAGAAAAGCUCCUGUACCAUAUUACUUGAUUAGUCAAGAAAUAAUACAGAAUGAUGAUCUUCUGUUCACAUGUUGGGUACAAGCAGGUAGAUACAUGGUCAAGAACUUAUCCUACUA